CCCCGCCUCAGCCAUUUACAUUCAAAAAAAGUUGGUGAAACUCUGAGAGAAGCUAAUGCUAGCUAGCCGAGAGAAUGUACAUUUAGCCAAUCAUAUUUAAAUUCGAUUUUAAACGUAUUGAUAAACACAUUUAUAGAAUAACAAUGACGAUACGUUAGUGUCGACGAUGUGAUGGACGAAGGGAGAAGGCGACCCCCUUCAGAUGGAGGAGCUUAUGGAAAAGCUUCAGCCUUUUCCCCCUCUUCACACGAUGCUUCAGCUGAGGUCUGGCACAGCACUCCGGUUAAAAAGAGAAAUGCCGAUGCUCCACUGGACGUUGGCCACAGCUCUGUCCUAACCAGCUUCAGGAUGGACAGUCCAUGGGCCGAGAGCACCUGUCCAAUCCCGGCAGACGCUCCCCGUCCCCACAGGUCUCAGGACACGGAGUUGUCUGUGAACGACCUGAGCAGCUCGACCAUCCGGAGGCAGAGGAGGGAGCUGCAGCGGAUGAUGGCCGAGCUGAAGGAGAGGGACAGGGAGCUGAACGCCAUGGCCUCCUCCCAUCACAGGCAGCUUCACGUCUGGGAACAGAACCGACAGAGGGUGCUCGCCUUGGAGCAGAGGUGUGCCCGCUUGGAUGACGAGUUGCAGAAGCGUAACGAGGUGAUCAGGGUCCUGACCAAACGAGUGUCGACGGUGGAGACGAGGGAGAAGGAGGUGCAGGAGGAGCUCAGCGUCGCCCAGCAGCAGCUCAGUGAGCUGGGACAGAAGGAGCAGCACAGCAGCCAAAGAUGUCAAGACUCUGAGGAGAAGAACCGGAGUCUCAGCUCCACACUCACAGCUCUGUCCAUUCAGGUCGGCUCUCUGCAGGUCAGGGAGGAAGAGCUGAGUUCAAUGCUCAAACUCAAGGACAAAGAUACAACAGAGGCCUCUGCUCGUAUUCUGGACCUCACCGGGCGCCUGCAGGACCUGGAAACGUCGCUAACCGAGAGUCGCUCGCAGGAAGCCAAGCUCCAGAGAGACUUAGAGGAGAGUAAACGCCGCUACAGAGAAGCAAAACGUGAGAUCGUACACCUUAAAGACGAGCUGCAGCAGCAGGUCACACAGAGCAGCACCCAGAGAGAGGAGAUCAUCCGCCUCAAACAGGAGCUCCAGCUGCUUCACAGAGACCUGGCCUUGGCGGGGGAGGGCGACAGCUGGAGAGACGAGCUGCUGGAGCUGGCUCGCUCCAAACAGGAGCGCACCAUGUCUGAGCUCCGCUGCCUGCGACAGGUGUGUGAGAAUCAGAGGAACGACCUGCAGCUGUUGCAGUUAAACCUGGAAAGUGCCCGUGAAACCCUGAGGGAGAGAACCAGUCAGGGAUCAGCGGGCAGCUGGGAGGAGUUCACGUGUAACUGUCCGGACGACCGAUCGCCUUCAUCGAUCAGAGCGAAGACCUCAGGACGCGUUCGUGACACCACCACGUCACCAGAGAACGACCACCUCAGAGUCUCCUCAUAUCACUUCACAGAUGGUGAUGAUCGUCUGCAGCAGCUGGGAGGUGAAUCCAGGCGCAGCAGCUCUUCACACACUGCUGCUGCUGCUCUGAGCUGCAGGACCACUGAACCCCUCCACUCCUUCAACUACCAGACCUCCAACCACCACCCCUCCUCCAGCCCGGGACAGAGGGUAGAGGAGUUUCACCAUCAUCCCUCCAGUUGUCUUCACAGGGCCGGUGAAACUCCACCCAAAGCCUGCUCUCGACACGGUGCCAGGGAGAUGUGUGGAUGGCUUGACCCCGACUGAAGACCUGAUCCUUUACAGUGGAAACUUCAGUAUUUACCAAAGUCAAACAUCAGUAUUACCACUUUAAACAGACUCUCAAUGUGAAACUGCACACACUCAGCCAAAGGUUGAACUCUGCUGUCUCUCAGGAAAACCAUGAAGUGACUUUUUAAACUUUUUAAAACCCCAAAUCUUGUUUUUAAUUUGCUGCGUGUGAAUCAGUCUGCAGCAGAUUUACAUGAGUAUUGUGUGUUUUUUAAGUGUUUUUAGAGGCUGUAUUGUGUGGAGCGGGUGAGAUGUGAAACCAGUCCUACAGGGCUGUUGAGUGGUGUGUCCUUGUUUUGUCUUUCCAGUUUCACUGCCUUCAGAUUUGCCCGGUGACUCAUGGAGAUGUCGAUAGCUGUUAAUAGUUUUUACGAUUUGUAACGAGGACAUCGUGUCGCUCCUUUUUCAUAAAAUAUUUAUUUACAAACUCCA